UAUGAAUUUCAUCACAUCAAAACCCUAGACCAUUCAUAGUUCUUGAAACUGAAAUUGGUAAUUACGAUGCAAAUCUGUUCAAUAAACUCGUCAAUCGCGCCACUACAUGCUUCCUUCGUUCAUCAGAAUUCCUCAAGUCUUCAUCGCUUUCCUUCCUUAGUUGGAUUGUCAACGCAGAAUUCGCAACUGCGAAUUCAUCGGAGUAUCAAAAGAUACUCGAUUCAAUGUUCGGUAGAAGAAACAAAGCGGGUGAACUUGAGAACUUGUAAGCAAUGUAAAACACAAUUCGAUCCUUCUCUCAAUCAUCCCCAAGCGUGUCGUUUCCACACUGCGCAUUUUGGUGGAGAAACCAAGAGGAAAUUCGAGAGUGUGUAUAGUGGAGGCACCAUGAAUACGCCUGAAUCUGGUAAAGUGUUCCAGUAUUGGCAUUGCUGUGGAUCUGAAGAUCCCUUUGACAUUGGCUGCACUGCUUCUCCACAUUCUUCAUAUGAUGAUUGAUUGAUACCAAAAGGUUCAUUACUUCAUUUCAACCCAAAUUUCUUUGAUUUUAGCGUUUUCAUACUACCAAGAAAUUGUUGUAUCUCCUAUUCAAAUUCUAUAUUGUUCUUGAAACAUAUAGUAAAAUGAAUCAACUGUACACAUAGUGUAUUGGGGGUUUUAGUUCUUCAAUGAUCUUAACCUUCUGUAUUCAUCACAAAGCUUUUCUGUUUGUCUUUAAAUUAAAUUUUCUAUUUACAUUAUCUAAAUUGAUGAUAAGAAAAUUUACUGAUGUGAAAUAUUUGUAAGUUAAUAAUGUUGUAUGAUGAAAUGAAAGUUACUACUCAAAUCUUACAAACAUUAGGCACAAUGACAGUUUUGGCCCUUAACCUUCAAAUUGAUACCUGCUCUGCCCAUCUCAUGAAUUGUACGAAUUGGUCAAUUUUGCCCUCAGCCUUUAAAAAUAAUACCUGCUUCCCAUCUCUUGAAUUGGAUGAAUUGGUCGAUUUUGCCCUCAGCCUUCAUAAUGGAGACCUGUUGUUGUCUAUCUUGUUCAACCUGUGGAGCCUCAGUUGCUGCAUUUUAGUUUUGAUUUGAAUUGAAAUGUCAUUCCAAAAUGUUGUAGAUGCAAUGUAUAUAUCUUUAAUAAUUAUUGUAAUCUGCAAAAUAUAAACAGUUUUUAUGUAAUUUGUGAGAUUUUGAUAUUAUAG